UGUCUGCCUUAAUCUUUUCUGAACCGAGACCAGUUCGACGCAGCGAGUGACGACGCGGUCACAGAUCGCAUUUGGUACUCCUGCAUAGCUCUGUUAGAACCAUAGAGGCGUUCUUUCAUCAUGAUCAAGAUCUGGUCAGUCAAAAAGAAUGAAGAAGCGGCAGCGAAGAAGAAGCCGAAGAUGACGGCGGCUCAGUUGAGGGUACAGAAAGAUCUCACCGAACUCGAGCUGCCAGACACGAUGAAGACUCAUUUCCCCGAUCCAGCCGAUGUUCUCAACUUUACGCUGACCAUCACACCGGAUGAGGGCAUCUACAAGGGCGGACAAUUCAACUUCACUUUCGCCAUCAAUCCAAACUACCCCCACGAGCCACCAAAAGUGCGAUGUACCCAGAAGAUUUACCAUCCCAAUCUUGACCUCGAGGGCAAUGUCUGCCUGAACAUUCUUCGAGAAGACUGGAAGCCUGUACUCAACCUCUCUUCCGUCAUGGUCGGUUUACAGUAUCUGUUUCUCGAACCUAAUCCUGAUGACCCACUGAACAAGGAGGCAGCGGAAGACCUUCGCCGGAACCGACAGAGUUUCAUCAGCAAUGUCAACACGUCGAUGCGGGGCGGUUCUGUCAAGGGAGAAAGAUUCGACUCUGUGCUCAUCAGAUCAUGAGCUUGUUGGCGCCGCACGACGGUGAAAGUGCAUGAGUGUAUGACAAGAUGUGUA